UAGAGUUGGUAUCUAUAUUUAGCAGGUGGGAUUAAAUUGCAAAGGCUUCAAGCUAGGCAAAGCACACUGAUCUGCCUUUUUACAGCUAGACCUGUGUGCUGCAAGGAGCUAAGGCCUGCAGUGUCCCCUUCCUUACCCAGGUUACUCACAAAAUGGAUUCCCAGCGGGAACUAGCAGAGGAACUGCGGCUUUACCAAUCCACUCUUCUUCAGGAUGGUCUAAAAGAUCUCCUGGAUGAGAAAAAAUUCAUCGACUGCACCCUCAAAGCAGGUGACAAAAGUCUUCCUUGCCACAGAUUGAUUUUGUCAGCUUGUAGUCCUUACUUCCGUGAGUAUUUUUUAUCUGAAAUUGAUGAAGCGAAAAAAAAGGAAGUGGUCCUGGAUAACGUGGACCCUGCUGUACUUGAUUUGAUCAUCAAAUACCUGUACUCUGCCAGCAUUGAUCUCAAUGACGGGAAUGUGCAAGACAUUUUCGCAUUGGCCAGCCGCUUUCAGAUUCCCUCAGUGUUUACGGUCUGCGUUUCUUAUCUGCAGAAAAGACUUGCUCCUGGCAACUGUCUAGCCAUCCUAAGAUUAGGACUUCUUCUUGACUGCCCAAGACUAGCCAUUUCUGCCCGUGAGUUUGUGUCUGAUCGCUUUCUACAGAUUUGUAAGGAAGAGGACUUUAUGCAACUGUCUCCACAGGAACUGAUCUCGGUCAUUUCAAAUGACAGUCUAAAUGUAGAAAAGGAAGAAGCAGUAUUUGAGGCAGUGAUGAAAUGGGUGCGAACAGACAAAGAAAACAGGGUUAAAAACCUUAGCGAAGUGUUUGAUUGUAUCCGUUUUCGCCUUAUGACAGAAAAAUAUUUUAAAGAUCAUGUUGAGAAAGAUGAUAUAAUUAAAAGCAGCCCAGAACUUCAGAAAAAAGUUAAAGUGUUAAAAGAUGCUUUUGCAGGCAAACUUCCUGAACCUAGCAAAAAUGCAGAGAAGACUGGGGCUGGUGAGGUGAAUGGGGAUGUUGGUGAUGAAGACUUACUUCCUGGUUACCUAAAUGACAUUCCCAGGCAUGGAAUGUUUGUCAAAGACCUCAUCCUCUUGGUUAAUGACACAGCCGCAGUGGCUUAUGAUCCCACAGAAAAUGAAUGCUACCUUACCGCUCUAGCCGAGCAAAUUCCCAGAAAUCAUUCCAGCAUUGUCACCCAACAAAAUCAAAUCUAUGUGGUAGGAGGACUGUAUGUGGAUGAAGAAAAUAAGGAUCAACCGCUCCAGUCAUACUUCUUCCAGCUUGAUAACGUAGCAUCUGAGUGGGUUGGACUCCCACCUCUGCCUUCGGCCAGGUGUCUCUUCGGUCUGGGAGAGGUAGAUGACAAAAUCUAUGUAGUUGCAGGCAAAGACCUUCAAACAGAGGCUUCGCUGGAUUCAGUAUUGUGCUAUGAUCCCGUGGCUGCAAAAUGGAAUGAAGUAAAAAAACUUCCUAUUAAAGUCUAUGGCCAUAAUGUGAUUUCACAUAAAGGGAUGAUAUAUUGUCUAGGAGGAAAGACAGAUGACAAAAAGUGUACAAACAGGGUGUUUAUCUUCAACCCCAAAAAAGGAGACUGGAAAGAUCUGGCUCCAAUGAAAACUCCACGUUCCAUGUUUGGAAUAGCAAUCCAUAAAGGCAAAAUUGUGAUCGCAGGAGGUGUCACUGAAGAUGGUCUUUCCGCAUCUGUUGAAGCUUUUGACCUCACAACCAAUAAAUGGGAAGUAAUGACCGAAUUUCCCCAAGAAAGAAGCUCCAUCAGUUUGGUCAGCCUGGCUGGAUCCCUGUAUGCCAUUGGUGGCUUUGCUAUGAUUCAACUGGAAUCCAAAGAGUUUGCACCUACUGAAGUCAAUGACAUAUGGAAAUAUGAAGAUGAUAAAAAAGAAUGGGCUGGGAUGCUCAAGGAAAUACGUUAUGCUUCUGGAGCUAGUUGCCUAGCAACACGUUUAAAUCUCUUCAAGCUGUCUAAACUAUAAGCAAGGUGACACAACAUAAUAGAUUGGGUGAUGGUUUAUUUGGAUAAUAGGGCUUUACCUUAUUCUGUUUUUUAAAAAGCCUGUACAGAGAUUCAUGUAGAAAUUGUUCAGUAAAUUAUUGUCUAAGAAGUGGGCAGUGGACAUCAAAACCUCAGUCACUGAGUUCCUGAGUGUAAUGAUCAGAGCGUAAGACCAUUUUCUAAGAAACAAAGUAUUCAGUUAAACAAAGUAUUUCUUUUAUUAGUGUGCCUCACUGAAUGGAUUGUAAAGGAAUUCCUUAAAUUUGAAUGAUUAAUCCUUUCAUUUCCCUUGUUAGGUUGUGUAUGUUUACACUUGUUUUCUAUUACAAAUGAAAUUGGAGAAAGAAGUAUGUAUAUCU